AAAAAAAAGGAACUCUCGUCUAACUUUUAUUACAAAACCUCCCUCUCUCUCUUAACACAUCACUUCUUGUUUCUUCUUCUUUCUUCUUCUUUCUUUUGUCUGAGUAUGGAAGACUACAGAUCCAAAUCGUACGGUGACGGAAGAACAUCAGACCUUCAACCAUACUCUGCUCACCGGAGAUCUGACGGUCCUGACUCAUUCAGUGGUAACGGUGGUGGUAUGCAAGAUCUUAGGUCUUACAGCACUUCCUACACAGAGUACCCGACCCGGAUACCCGAAGACCCGAACCCGAACCAGAAGAAAGGGAGAUCGUCUUCGUCGUCGUCUUCUUGGGGUGGUUUCGUGGAUCCAGAUUUACAGAGGAAGAAGAGAGUUGUGAGUUACAGAGCUUAUACUGUUGAAGGUAAGCUUAAAGGUUCUUUCAGGAAAAGCUUCAAAUGGAUCAAAGAUAAAUGCAACAAAUUACUCAAUUAAAUUUCAUUAAUCCAUUGUUGUGCUUAUUGCUUAAUCAUAUUAUUAUUAAACUUUUUGGUUAUUUUCAUUUUUUUUCUUUUAUAUUUGAUGAUUUCGAUCCA